GCUAGCAGACGAACGUAACUUGGGGUCAGUUACAGUUUACCUGGGGUUAGGUAACGCACAAAAAUGGCACCCAGGAAGACGUCUCGCGCGCGAGGGGACCCUGACGAACGCACAAAGUUGUUACAAAGCGUGCCACCGACUCAAAGUUCCAACAGUGUCCAGUUUUGGGAAGAUGACAAAGACACCCGCAGCCGCUGGUGGUCCAUCAGGAUCAUGUACCUAACCAUGUUCUUAAGCAGCAUCGGAUUUUCCAUCGUUGUGUCUUCAGUAUGGCCUUACUUGAGAAAGGUAGACCACAGUGCAGAUGAAUCGUUCCUAGGCUGGGUGGUCGCUGCCUACAGUCUGGGCCAGCUGGUUGCCUCCCCCAUCUUUGGAGGCUGGGCCAACCUGCGUGACAGGACCAAAGAGCCCUUACUGGUGUCAAUCUUCAUCAACGUGGGGGCUAACACCAUGUACAGCUACUGCCACGCCUUCCCUCCACCCAGGGGGGUCUACAUGCUGGUGGCCAGGGCACUGGUUGGCUUUGGGGCAGGAAAUGUUGCAGUUGUCCGUUCGUACGUAGCGGCAGCCACCACCCUGACAGAGCGAACAUCCACCAUGGCAACCAUGAGUGCCUUCCAGGCCAUUGGAUUCAUCCUUGGUCCAGUCAUGCAGACAGCCUUCGUGCCCCUGGGUGAGACAGGUGUAGAGUGGAAGGCCAUCCAGCUGUCCAUCAACAUGUACACAGGACCAGGCUUCCUGUCUGCUGUCAUGGGCAUCAUCAACAUCCUCCUGCUCAUCUUUGUGUUCAAGGAAUACAAGGUGGCAGACACUGCCGGGCUGGUGGUCAACAGUCAGGAGAUAGAAAAGUCGGAAGAGGAGGGAACAGUGGAUUAUUUUGCAGUCGUGGCAACCAACAUCCUGUUCUUUGUCAUCCUGUUUUCCUUUGCCAUCUUCGAAACAAUCACCACGCCACUGACUAUAGUGAUGUAUGCCUGGACCCAGAGCCAGGCUGUGCUGUACAAUGGCGUCAUACUGGGCUGUCUGGCUGUCCAGUCUGUGUGUGUUAUGAUCGCCAUCAGAAUUCUCUCCAGGAAGUUUAAUGAGAAGAGGAUGAUGCUUGUUGCAUUUUUUAUCAUGCUCGCUUCUUUCGUCAUGCUGAUUCCAUUUGGGAAUGAUCCCAUUCCAAGGGUGGCACCAGGUCUCCAUCCAGCAGUAAACAUCACCACCCCAAGUCCACACCCUCAAAACAUCACUUUUGCCCCCAACGUCACAGUUCUCACCACUCCUGCAGCAACAACGCCCCCUAGGGGCUGUCCCUGGGACUACCACUGGUGCGACAACACACCCAAACUGUACAUUGAACAGAUGUUUGCUGGGUUCUUCCUCCUGGGACUUAGCUAUCCCACAACCAAUGUGUUAUCUUAUGCAAUGUACUCUAAAAUCCUGGGCCCUAAACCACAGGGCACAGCGAUGGGUUGGCUCACCGCCUCUGGAAGUCUGGCCCGUACCCUGGGUCCCGUGUUCGUCAGUCAGAUCUACACGUCCUACGGCCCGCGGGUGGCCUUCGGGGCAGCGGGCGGCAUCGUUCUGGUAGCCAUCUUGUGGCUCAUCGGAGUCUACAGGAGGCUGGUUCCUUUUGUUGAAAGAAAUAAGAUUCUCACCGAUACUUCAUAACUUGGUUCAUAAUGUUACAACCUUGCUGAGAUUCUGUUUAUAACCUGAAUGUACAAUUUUUAAAGCUUUUGUAAAUUUGAUGACAACCUGUACUAAUUUUUAAGGGAUGUGUGCAAUUUUUGAAUUUAUAAGAGCUGCAACAACAGCAGUAAUGGUCUGUAUGUAUCGUGUAAUCGGGAGUGUGGAUUGUUAGAGCUACAUUGUAUACUAAUGUACUGUAUUACUUAAUCAGAGACAAGUGUAUUGUGACAUGCAGAAUAUGGUCACAGUUAGAGUCAAAUUAUUGCAAGAUGUUAAAGUUGCAUACCUCUCCUAAUGUACCAUAUAUAUUUUUCUGCUGAAGCUGCAAUAUGUGAUUACAGUACUUUCUAUUACAUUUGAAUAAUUUGACCUGCAGUCACAAUCUGAUCUAUCAAUAUUAUAUAUUUCAUAAACUAUGCAAAUGAUGUAAUAAAAUUUAAAUGCCACACAUAAUCAUUAUAUCACCUAACAUAUUGUACUUCUACAGACCAAAAUUACCUCAAGAAAUAAUACAUUUGCUCACUGCAUCUGAUAUGUAGAGUCUCAUGCAGUUGGGCCGUGUUUAAGUGAAGUCACCCAAACCGCGAUGCGGGUAACUCACAUUCCUCACACCUGGUCCACGUGCCACACACUCC